CUCCUCUCCCACUUUCUUUGGAAUGACAUCGGGGGUGGGAGGUGAAGAUGUUUUGUUUUCCCCCCUGAAGAAAAGGAGCCGCGCUGGCCAGGGGCUAGGAAACAAAAGGCCUGGCCUGGGAGGAGGAGGAAGAGGAGAAGAGAGCGCUUGUUGUUGGAGUGAGGCUGGCAGCAGAGAUCUGCGCUCCAUCUCUCCAAUUCCUUGCCCGACCACCGGGCCCGCCUGAUGGAUCCCACCAGGACGAGCGCCGAGCAGGCUGCCUGCGAGGAAGCUUUUUGCAGCUCGCUGCUGGACGACAUCAAGCAGAGGCUGCUGCACGCCUUCCGGGGACCGGGGGGAGCCGCCGCGCCCCAGCAGCUGCUGAUGCCGUCCAGGCCCGCGGCGCCUUGCAAAGGCAGAGGGGUCGAAGCGGCCCUGGAGGAAGCGCGCAGGGCGCACGUCGAGGGCGCUAUUGCCUGGCUCCGGGUGGAACUGUUGGAGAUGAAGUCCCAGAACCACAAGCUUGCCAAAACUUUGCUGGAUUUAAGCAUGGAAAUACAGAGGCUGAGAAACGAAGCUGACGUGCCAACUGCUCUAGAAUCAAAGGCCCCGGGCUUUGCUGCAAGCUCAGAAUAACGGAGCUGCUGCGUUUGAGG